UAAGUCAUCAAUGGAAUCCUUACAUCGGCCUAGCGGUUUGGACCGCCUUCGGCGGCAUUUAGAGGUUACAAAACUAUCUCUUUCCUAAAGCCAGGUCUUCUCUUCAGCCAUGCUGCUUCCCUGAGGCUUUACCUGCAUUCAGAGCGUCAUUACUCUGCUUUGUAAAGUUUUCAGCACUGGUAACCUGUAUAGAGCUGUAUUUGUGUAGAGUACAUUUGCUGCUGGGGCAUGAAGGCUAUGACUGCACUUACCCACUCAGGCAUGGAUAGAGCUGUUCUGCAAGAAGGUGAAGGAAUCCUUUAGAGGUUGCUGAUGGACAAUGUAGUAUUACACCUGAAUUUAACCCAAAACUCCUCCAUCUGAAGAGGUAUGACACUGACACAGCCACUUAUGUAAUAGCUGGUUUCAGUUACUGAUUCGCUAAUGACUGUUUUGCCCUUGCGCAGUUUGUUCCCGGUUUCUUCAUUCCCCUCCUUCCUAGCUGCCAUACUGUAGUACCUCUUCCUCUUGUUGACAUCUUUGCUAGGUCCCAAUAGGAAAGCCUAAAGCUACUGGAUUGAUUAUCACCAGUGAAUUGAUCCUUAACAUUGCAUUGCUCUCUCUUUCCUGGGUACCAAGAGGAGUAGGGAUCACCAGGGAAGAUCUACUUGUCUACUGCCAGAAGACAGGAGCCAGAAGUACCAUCUGCCACUUUCUCCAGGAGCUUGAACAACUGCUUGGGGAGGUUUGGGCUUCAUUUGUGACGGAGUUAUGGUAUCUGUGAUUCCAGGAUGGCUCUGUUUUACAUGUCCACAGUACAAGAAGCUUUUACUGAUGUUCUCCAGCCUCUGCCAGUCCUAAUUGCAUCAGCAUUCCUACAGGUACUGAGCUGGAGUAGGAUUAAGAAAAAACCACUAGCGAGCAGGAUUUCACCAUCCUGUGAAUCUGUGGAAUUGGCUGAGGGGUUGACAGGUCUGAACAAGUGGAACAUUAUCUAUGAAGACAAGAAACAAGAACAGAGAACAAGAAACAAGAACAGAGAACAGGAAGAGAAACAAGAAGGCAGGUGUUAUCCCAGAGGCAUGACAGGAGCAGCUACAGACAUCUUACUCAGAAAGGCAUAGCUCACUGUGGUUUCAAGAUAGAGAUCUCCUCAGCCACGGCUCAGAGCAUCACACAAGCAAAGCAAUGAAUAUUGGGAUUCUCAGAAGAACUUUUGAAACAGACUUAGAGGAUGGAGCAGGAAGUGGCAAGAGAAGAAGAGAAGAAAGAAGGCUUGAUUGAGUUUUAUGAUUCCUUCAAGGAUAUGUUUGAGUUCUUCUGUAAGAACACAACAAUCCAUGGCACCAUCCGCCUCGUAUGCUCAGACAGCAAUAGGAUGAAAACAGCUUUUUGGACUCUGCUUUUACUUGCCAGCUUUGGCAUGUUAUACUGGCAGUUUGCACUCAUGUUCAGCCAGUACUGGGCCUACCCUGUUGUCCUGACCAUGUCAAUGCAUUCAGGGCCUAAGAUGUUCCCAGCUAUAACCAUCUGCAACCUGGACCCAUACAGAUUUGAACUGGUCAGUGAACAUCUUGUUCAGCUGGAUCACAUGGCAGAGAAAUCCAUUGCUUUUCUGUAUGGCAUCAACACAUCAGCCAGCUUAAUCCACAUGAAUGAGAAAAACAUCCACAUAAAAGACCUGUCAAGCAUAGGCAACCUCAGCAGAUCUACCUUCAAGCUGAGCCAAAACUUCUCACUCUUAAGAAUGCCUGGCCACAGUAACAGGUCAGGGAAGAAGCAGUCCAGGGUGGGCUUCAGGCUGUGCAAUGCCACAGGUGGGAAUUGCUUCUACAAGACUUACUCAUCUGGGAUGGAUGCGAUUCUUGAAUGGUACAGGUUUCACUACAUGAAUAUCAUGUCCCAGCUACCUGUUAUAAUCAACAUUUCUGAUCAUGAGGAGCAAAUAGAAGAUAUGGUUUACUCCUGUCAGUAUGAUGGGGAGCCCUGCAGACCCAGUGACUAUGUUCACUUUCACCACCCAGUCUUUGGAAGCUGCUAUACUUUUAACAGCAAGGGAACAGACUCUUUUUGGACAGCUACAAAACCAGGAAUUCCUUACGGACUUUCCCUUAUCCUGAGAGCAGAGCAGAAGGAUCACAUCCCACUCUUGUCUACAGUAGCAGGUGUGAAAGUGAUGAUACACAACCACAAUCAGACACCAUUCCUGGAGCAUGAAGGCUUUGACAUCAGACCAGGCAUUGCAACUACCAUAGGCAUUCAGCAGGAUGAGGUGAAUCGCCUGGGUGGCAAUUAUGGGAAAUGCACGACUAAUGGCAAUGAUGUGGAUGUUAAACUCCUGUACAACAACUCCUACACCCUGCAGGCUUGUCUGCAUUCCUGCUUUCAGCACAUAAUGGUUCGGAAAUGCGGCUGUGGCUACUACUACUACCCGCUGCCUCCUGGUGCUGAGUACUGUGACUACAACAAGCAGCCUGCGUGGGGUCACUGCUUUUACCAGCUGUACAACAGGCUCCGAAACCAUCACCUCAAUUGUUUCGAGCAGUGCCCCAAGCCCUGCCGGGAAUCACUGUACAAGGUGUCUGCUGGGACAGCUAAAUGGCCAUCAGCGAAGUCUCAGGACUGGGUCCGCCAGGCUCUGAGGCAUCAGAAUGGGUAUAACUCCACCAGCAACAGGAAGGAUAUUGCCAAGGUGACAAUCUUCUACCAGCAACUGAACUACCAGUCUGUGAACGAGUCUCCUUUACUCACAGAGAAUCUCCUUCUGUCCAGCAUGGGAAGCCAGUGGAGCCUCUGGUUUGGAUCCUCAGUGUUGUCUGUGGUUGAAAUGUUUGAGCUGCUCAUAGACACGCUGGUCUUGUCUCUCCUCUUCUGCUACCAAAGGUUCAGGUCAAGGAAGACAAUGAAUGUAGCUCGCACUCCUGCUAUCCCCAGCGUGAGCUUGACCCUAGAGAACUACCGAGUUGUGCGAGAGGAAGCUGCAAAAGGUGAUGAUUCUGCUCAUCCUCACCCUUGUGCAGUGACUGUUGCCAUGGACAGGGGAGAUUUGCAUCUUCACCCAUUCUCCAGCAAGGUGGAAAUGCCAGAGCUUUGCUCAGAUGUGGUGCUUAAUGGAUUUAGGUACAUGAAGGACAGCACUUUGGGAGUGGAAGUGAACAGCUAAGGGUAUGUUUGUGUGCACAGGGAGACUUGGAACUCCCCUGUUGCUCAGGUGCUGUCAGAAAGGCUGCAAACAGAAACAUUCUGUGAGCACUAAACACCACACUGUGAGCUUGGCAAUCCUCCUCCAGCUAUUACAGUUCAUUAUUAAACCAUCCGUGUGUCCUGGAUUCAGGCAUCAUGCAAUGUUCUUUUGUUCCUAAUGAGUAUCCAGGGAGGGGAGAACUGUUCUUCUCCUCUCUGGGACAGUCGUGGUGUCCUCAUAAAAGCCUAUUCAUAGCUUUUAACUUCUAAGGCCUUGUGAGGAAACCAGCCUGUGGCUUCAGACAGGCCCAUCUACAUUUCACACAUGCACUCAAAGGAGAAGUCAGCCUGGCUGUUAAAGGGAAGGAUUUCCAGAGGAGGCUGAGGACUGUGUGCUCCUGUCAGUCAGGAUGACAGAGCAUGUCAUGACAAGAGGUGCCUCUGAUCACAGCUUUGCUUCCCAGACACCUCUCUGUCCUUAACCUGGGUAUUGAGGUUGCAGUGCACAGGAUGCUGCUGCUGAGAUGCUUUUACAUUAAUUCAAAUGAGACUUAACUAUCCUGCAGGUAAGGAAAGGGAAGAAACAGGGUUGAAAUCUUCUGUGUGUCACAGGCAAAGCAUCGGAUUUAUUGAGGAGAUUAAAAUGCUGCGUUUUUGUUGCAGCCCGUGUAUAGAGAUGGUUCAAUGUUAAUAUUUGACAGUAACUUAUGUGUACGUAAAAGAACACGUUUAUUUUUGAUGGUGUUUGCACAGGAGCAUUUUACUGUUCCGCUCUUGUUUGUGGCCUGCUGUGGAAAACAAGAGUUCAGAGGAAACCACUGCGCUUUGUUUUGUAGCUUUUGUAAGUAAUAAAAUGCUCUGGAUACAGACUGUGA